UCAUUCAUUUAUUUUAAUGUAAUUUUAAUUUUGCCAGAUAAAUAAAUUAAAAGUAUGAUAAACGACAUUGAAAAUAACAACAUGAGCGAUGACUCAAAAGACUAAAUACCCAGUUAAUUUUCGAUCAGAAAGAAGGCUAAAACAACAAUUGAUAUAAACCUGCAAAAGCAGACAGAAUCUAAGCUACAAAAUAGAUAACCCUCUGCAAAAGAUUACCUAAAUGUGUUACCUGAUCUCGAAAUGGAAGACUAAUUGAGUAGCAAAAUUCGAUUUUAAAUAAAUUCUGAUAUUUCAAAUGAGUUAUCAAGUAAAGCUAUAUAAAAAGAAAGUACAAAUAAAUCACACAAGUUAAAAUAAAUUCCUAAAAUUAAUAUUACUCAUAUUUAAGAAAAUAAACAUAAUUAAAAUGCAUCCUUUGAAUAUUUAAAAAGUGUUUCACCAUUAUUAUAAACUCGAUAAAAAUGUUAUAGUUUUUCAUAAAAUCAAAAAUACCUUUAAAGUCCUCUACUUAAAUAAAAAAGCAAAUCGAAAACUCCUAAUAAAAGAGAUGUAAGUGAGAAUGAAUAAUAAUUUUUUUCUCAAAAUGCCUAAAAACAACCUAUUACUCUUGAUGAUUCAAAGAAAAAGAAACUGAUAAAUGAAACAUCUAAAGAUAAAAAUUAACAAGAAAAAAAUAUAAAAGAUUCACAAGAUGCUAAAAAUAAAGCUUUGUAUAAGAAAGCUUAGUCUCGUUUUAAUUUAUAAAAUUUAAUUGAUUUUCACUCUAAGUGGUAGCUUCUUAAAAAUAUUAGAAAUAAACCAUUUAGAAAUAGUAACAAUAACAUCGAAAGUAUUGAAGAGAAUAUCAGCUAGGAAUAAGAUGAUGUUAGAAAAUCAAGCUAAGAUUUGGAUAAUGAAAAUGCAUAAAUAGAAUAAUAAUUGCUCUAAAAUAAUUAUCUAGAUGAAAUCUAAGAAAAGGGUUAAAUGGAAAAUUUAGAAGAGGGUUUGGCUUAAAGGAAACAAAAUAGUAAUCAUUUGGCUAAUAAAUUAAGGCAGACUCAUAAGAAGAAAUUUUAGUAAGAAGGAUAUUCUGAUUUCUCACAAAGUAGCUAAUAUUAUAAAUCCGAUGGAUUAAAAUUGAGUGAUUAUUUUUUUGUUGGUAGUUAAAACUCAAACUAAAAGUCUUAAUAAGUCAGAUUAAAUUUAAGUUAAGAAUCAGAAAAUAACCGUAAACCAAGCAAGCUUAUAAAUAUAUUUAAAACAGAAUUUGAUGGAUCUUAAACACAAAAAUCUCAUAGAUUCUCAUAAGAAAAUCAUAUGAGUGAUAAUAUGGGGUUUAAAUCAAAUAUGAAUUUUAAUUCUUCUAUUUAAAAAUAAAAUCAGAACUAAGAAAUUAGUGUGUAAUUAUCAAAACAAUAAAACUAUAGUUAAAAUAUCUAGUUAGGCCUUACAAAUGUGUUUUCUGCUUCUUUAGAGCAGUCAGUAAUUUUAAACAAGAAGUAAAGUGAAGUCAAAGGUUUAUUAUCACCUAAAAAAGAUAAAACUAAUUAAAAUUAUGACUUUAAAGAAUCUUCUCCUGUACCAACAAAAAGAUCAGUAAGCCCUUAAUUUAUUUAAAGCAGAGGUAAAAGCUCAGAGUAAUCAAUCACUGAGUCUAGAAUGAGUGCAAAUGACAUCAGCAAUAAGAUGAUAGAUGAUGAAUUGUAAUUCUAAAGAAAAAGAAGACAAUAAAGUCCUCUUAAUUAUCUAUUUAAAAAAUACCCUGAUGCAAUUAAAGAUACAAAAUAUUCAUAUAUGAAGAUGCAAAUGAGGUAAGUUGUUGAAAAUCAUAUAGCUCCAGAGCUUUCAGCAGAAAAAAAGCUUACAGAAAAAUAUGAAAGUUACUCAUAGAACUUAAAUACCAAGCUAAGGAAUAAGCUAGUUAAAUAAAGCUCAAAUAAAAUAGAUCCUCAUAACUCAAAGCUAAUAAGCUUAAAAAGCUGCUUUAGCAAUUAACAAAGAAAAACUUUCUCACAAAUAAACUAGUUAAUUUGUGAUGUAGAAGUUGCCAAAAAAUAAUAUAAAUUUAUUGAUUACCAUCUAAGCAAGUUCAACAAAACUAUUAACGAUAUAGAUGAUACAGCAGUAUAGUCUUCAUAUUUUAAUGUAAGUGAUUUUAUCUAUAAAACCUAAAUUAAUAACAGGAAUAAGUAAAAUUAAAUAAUUAGUCACAAUAAUUAAAAUAAAAGACUUAUGACUGAAUGA